AUGACAGAAAAAACAGGAGCCAAAAUUAUACCUGCAUGUGAUCCAGAUUAUCCGGGUCUUUUAAGAAAUAUUUUAGAUUGUCCUCCUGUAAUCGCUGCAUUGGGUGACACAUCGUUAUUAAAUCAGGAAAUGAUUGCUAUAAUCGGUGGACGUAAUUCCUCAAUAAAUGGCAGAAAAUUUGCUAAUAAACUUGCCCUUGACCUAAGCGAAGCUGGUUUUAUAACCGUUUCUGGGCUUGCAAAAGGAAUCGAUACUGCUGCAAAUAGCGUAAUAUAUAAAAAUUAUCCCACAAUUGCUGUAGUAGCAAGUGGAAUUGAUGUAGUAUAUCCGAGAGAAAAUAUAGAUUUAUAUGAGCAAAUUGUUAAAAAUGGUGGGCUAGUCAUUACUGAACUUCCUUUUGCAACAAAGCCUAAACCACAAUAUUUUCCUCAGAGAAAUCGCAUUAUAUCUGGUCUAUCAUUAGGCGUAGUAGUAGUUGAAGCAUCAAGGCACUCCGGUUCUUUGAUUACAGCAAACUUUGCUUUAAAUCAAGGAAGAGAAGUUUUUGCUGUUUCUGGUUUUCCUCUAGAUUUGCGUUGUAGUGGUAGCAAUUAUCUUAUUAAAAACGGUGCUAAACUUGUGGAAUCUGUUGAUGAUAUAAUAGAAAGUUUCAGGUUUAAUUUACCACAAAGUCAGAGAAACCUUUUUAAUAUAGUUGCUCAUCCAGAGCAAGAGGAAUUGCAGCAAGCAAAAUCAAUUAUAGUUAAUCAUAUCAAUUCUGUACCUAUCAAUGUAGAUGAGCUGAUAUUAGAAAGUGGAUUGUCCCCAGAUAUGGCUUUAAUGGCUCUUUUAGAACUAGAAAUGGAAAAUAAAAUAGAACGCUCACCAGGGAAUAAAAUAUCAUUCGUCUUUAAUAGUUGCACUGCACAUGGAAGUAAUUGA